AUAAAUUUGUAUGAGUCAAAAUAAAGCACAGUCACGAGAGCGUUACAAAUCUGAGAUAAACAGAGUAUACUGUACACGGUAUCCGUAUAAAUACCGGCAUUUUCGCACUGAACCCAUAUAAUUCUACAAGAUCAUCAAAAUGAGGACAUUAUCAAUAGUUUUAGUACUAUAUACAUUGACCCACGCAAAUGCUCUGCAGGGAGUCAGUACAACAGAACCGUUUAAUAACAGCCUGACUCUAGACAAGGGAGGUAAUUACCUUCUUUUCUGGAACUUCAAUAGUACCCAUGUGACCUUUGAGGUCAGAGUUAAAACUAGAGGCUAUGUUGGCUUCGGUCUGUCUCCAAAUGGUAACAUGUUCCCUUCGGACGUCGUUGUCGGCUGGGUGAAAGACGGAAAGGUCUUCUUCAAGGACCGCCACACAACCGGACAUUCAGCACCAGUUGUCGACAAGUCUCAAGAUUGGAUACUGUUACACGGCGAGGAGAACGACUUUGGAACGGUUCUCAAGUUUACCAGAAAACUCAACACAUGUGACAAGGAUGACAUAGAAAUAAACAACGCUACACAGAGAGUGAUAUAUUCUUACCAUCCUGAUGACCCUACUGAUGAGCACAGCCUAAUGUAUCAUGGUGGAGAGAGACGAGGGACCAAGAGCGUGUCACUGCUGAAUAGCAACAAGGCCCCGGCAUCUGUAAAUUACGAAGAAACGAAAGUAUACGACUUCACCGCCGGAAAUUAUAUUGUCCCAGACAAGGAUACCACCUACAUGUGUGUAGCCCAAACACUGCCGGACCUAGGAGCUAAACAUCAUGUGAUCCAGUUUGAACCAAUCAUAACACCCGGAAACGAGAGGUUAAUCCAUCAUCUAGUUAUUCAAAGAUGUAAAGGGGAUUUCCCUAAUUUGAACCAUGCGCAAGGGGAAUGUUUCUUGUCCUGGCCAAAAGGUUGGCCAGUAUGUUCGGAGAUCUUCAUUGCUUGGGCAACCGGUGGUGGGCCAUUUUAUUUCCCAGAGAACACCGGAUAUCCCAUCGGAGGUCCAAACGAUAACGAAGGUUCUCUAAUGGUCAUGCAGAUUCAUUAUGACAACCCAACACAUAAAUCAGGUAUUCUGGACAAUUCUGGAAUAAGAAUGCUACUUACCCCGAAACUGCGACAACAUGAUGUUGGUUCGCUUAUUGUUAGUCAUUCGGUAACACCAUAUCAAGUGAUCCCACCAAGGGAACCAGCGUUUGUAACCAGUGGUUAUUGUACUGAAAAGUGUAUCAAUAAGGUGUUAAACAAUGAAAGUAUAGACGAGAUCAGAAUUACUGCGGUCUUCCAACACGCGCAUUUAUUGGCUUCCGGUAUCAGAACGAGGCACUUUCGGAACGGAACUGAGUUGAAACCGAUUUAUGAUGAUCCAAACUAUGACUUCUAUUUCCAAGAAAUGAGACCACUUAAAGAAGAGGUGGUUAUAAAGAAG